GUGAACCUCAAAAUCCCCAUAUGGACAAUGAAGAAAAUGUUAAAUAAAUAAUGACUUUAAAUUAAAUUUUCUUAGUUUUUUAACUAAAAACAAUGAGCGUGACACCAAAACUUGAUGAACUGGUGCAAUCGGUAUCCCUUUACAUCAGAAUACCAACAAUAUUUCAUCUAUAUCUACUACCAUUUCUUGUUUUCUAUCUUGUUUGGAUUUACUUAUGGAUUGGAUUGUGGGGCUUCUACGAACAUUAUGAAGGAGGUUUCGUAGGUAUCGCGGUUAUUGGAUGUAUACAAAUUCUUGCCUGUCUGGCAUGUUAUUGGUCAGUGCAUAUAAAUUGUUUUUUUAUGUGUAAAAAGCAAAAGGAUCCUCAGAAAGCUACGUUAGCCAAAGUAGUUCCUACAGCAAAUAACGGGAGCUCUGAAAUUGUUUCUCUAAGAAAAAUAAAACUCCCUGAUGGAGAAUGCAUGAUAUAUUUUAUAUUUCAAAAAACCAAAUAUAUCUGGGACGAAGAUAAAAAAAUAUUUAGAGGCCUAGAAUUUCCUAUACACAAAUCCUAUUCCGAAUACAAUAAUUGCAAAGGUUUCCAGGAAGAUGAAGACGUUAAACAAGCAGACAUUAUUUACGGCAAAAACGAUUUGGAAAUGGUGGUUCCAGAGUUUAUGGAACUUUUUACUGAGAGAGCCACAGCACCUUUUUUCGUAUUCCAAAUAUUCUGUGUUGGCUUAUGGUGUUUAGAUAAAUAUUGGUAUUAUUCUAUAUUCACGCUUAUAAUGUUGGUUUUGUUUGAAUGCACUUUGGUACAACAGCAAUUGAAAAAUAUGGCAGAGAUUAGGAAGAUGGGAAAUAAACCUUAUAAUAUUUUAGCUUAUCGUAACAGACGCUGGAGAUCGAUCCUUACAAACGAACUUAUACCAGGCGAUAUUAUUUCAAUAACAAGAUGUCAAAAGGACAACUUAAUACCCUGUGAUGUAUUAUUAUUAAGAGGCUCUUGUAUAGUAGAUGAAAGUAUGUUGACAGGAGAAUCCGUACCCCAAAUGAAAGAGGCAAUAGAAACUUGUAACGGAAAGAAAAUCCUGGAUCCUGAUUCUGAAGGAAAACUACACGCUUUAUUUGGGGGCACAAAAGUAGUUCAACACACACCGCCAACAAAAGCAACUACAGGACUGCGCCCUCCAGAUAAUGGUUGUGUGGCCUAUGUAUUGAGAACAGGCUUUAAUACCGCCCAAGGAAAAUUACUGCGAACCAUUUUAUUUGGUGUCAAAAGAGUUACUGCAAAUAAUAAGGAAACUUUUGGAUUUAUCAUUUUUCUGUUGGUAUUUGCAAUUGCUGCAGCUGCCUAUGUAUGGAGAAAAGGAGUUGAGGACCCAGAACGAAACCGUUAUAAGCUAUUUUUAGAGUGCACAUUAAUUUUAACAUCAGUAAUACCCCCAGAAUUACCAAUCGAAUUAUCUUUGGCCGUAAAUACGUCUUUACUAGCCCUAUCAAAAUUAGGAGUCUAUUGUACAGAGCCAUUUAGAAUACCCUUUGCUGGCAAGAUAGAUAUUUGUUGUUUUGAUAAAACUGGUACAUUGACUAGCGACAAUUUGGUUGUUGAAGGUGUAGCUCUAGCAAAAAAAGACUCUGCAGUCACUCCCAUACAAGAUGUACCAUUGGAAACUGUUCAUGUGUUAGCUAGCUGUCAUUCUUUAGCUCAGUUAGACGAUGGCUUGGUGGGGGAUCCUUUAGAAAAAGCCACAGUGACCGCUAUAGAUUGGACUGUUACCAAAGCCGAUUGUAUGCUGCCUAGGAGAGGUAAAUCGCCAGGAUUGAAAAUUUUCGUAAGGCAUCAUUUUUCUUCGCAGUUGAAAAGAAUGUCGGUGAUUGCUGGCUAUAAUCCUCAAGGAUCUACAGAUACGGUGUAUAUUUCAGCAGUUAAAGGAGCUCCUGAGACUUUAAGGCCAAUGUUUUCUGAGCUUCCUGAAAAAUACGACGACGUCUACCUAGAACUCUCCAGACGAGGUGCCAGAGUGUUGGCUCUGGGAUACAAGGAAAUAGGCAAACUGUCUAGUCAAGAAUUGAGAGAUUUAUCACGUGACAGCAUAGAAAAAGAUUUAAAAUUUGCUGGUUUUGUCAUAAUUUCUUGUCCCUUAAAAGCUGACUCGAAAUAUGCCAUAAAAGAACUGCAAAAUGCUUCACAUAAAGUCGUUAUGAUUACUGGUGAUAAUCCUUUAACGGCUUGUCAUGUGGCUGUUGAAUUGAAAUUCACAUCCAAACCAAUACUUAUAUUGAAUGAGGAUGAGAAUGGUGAUUACGUUUGGGAAUCUAUCCAUAAAAAAGAUAGAAUACCCAUAGGUGAUGAUAGAAAAAAUUUAAUUGCAGAAUAUGAUUUAUGCGUCACAGGAGAUAGUUUUAAUUAUUUCAAACAGAAUCAUCAUAAAAGUUUUCUUAAAACAUUACCUUUCAUCACAAUAUUUGCGCGAUUCGCCCCCAAACAAAAAGAGUUUGUAGUUACCCAAUUGAAAACUCUCGGGUUUACUACUUUAAUGUGUGGAGACGGUACUAACGACGUUGGAGCACUAAAACACGCAGAAGUUGGCGUUGCCAUUCUAGCUAAUGCCCCGGAAAAACUACCGGAUUUACGGGAGCAACGCGAGAAGUUGGAAAAAGCCAGAGAAUUGGAACGGAGGCAACGUGAAGAAAGGGAAAGAUUGGCUGUAGCCAGAAGUAACAGGCCGAAUAAUGUACGGAGCGUUAUGGAACAAAGGGACAGACUUCAAAAUCGAAUGAAUAAAAUAAUGAAGGAGUUGGAGGAAGAGGAUCAGUCUCAGGUGGUUAAAUUAGGGGAUGCUAGUAUUGCGUCACCGUUCACUAGUAGAUUGUCAUCGAUAAUGUGCAUAUGUCACAUAAUCAAACAAGGCCGAUGUACUUUGGUAACAACCUUACAAAUGUUUAAGAUUUUAGCUCUAAACGCUCUAAUUUUGGCAUACACCCAAUCAGUACUCUAUUUGGACGGAAUCAAACUUAGAGAUAUGCAAGCUACUUUACAGGGAUUUUUAUUGGCUGCCUGCUUUUUGUUUAUUUCUAGAUCAAAACCACUUAAAACACUAUCUAAACAGAGGCCUUUGCCGAAUAUUUUCAAUUGGUACACAAUUUCCACUGUUUUAUUGCAAUUUUCGGUACAUUUUGUGUGUUUAAUUUAUUUAGUGCAAGCGGCUAAAGCCAGAACGCCUCCUAUAACUAUUGAUGAAUCUAAACUCAAUUCCACUGAACCUUUAACAAAAUUAACUGAAGAAGAAGAAGACGCGCUAUUUCAACCCAAUAUUAUAAACAGCACUGUUUAUAUUAUAUCUAUGGCGUUGCAAAUAGCUACAUUUGCCAUCAAUUAUAGGGGAAAUCCUUAUAUGGAAAGUCUGAAAGAAAAUAAAGCAUUAUUAUACAGUAUUAUAGGAUCCAGCAGUGUCGUAAUGGCCUUAACUUUAGGAAUAAUGCCUGAAUUAUCUGCUCAGUUUGAAAUCAUCGAUUUUCCUGAUGACUUUAAAUAUGUUCUAGUCCAAGUAUUAUUCGCCGACUUUUUCUUUUCAUACUUAGUGGACAGAGUAUGCCUAUGGAUUUGCGGCGAAGGUAAAACGCGAAUAUUAUGGUAAAAAAAAUAUAUAUAUUUUGUGUGUAGUAAUUAGAAAUUUUCUAAACAAAAUAAUAUAAGCAAAUAAUUAUUGUCAUUCCAUUAUUUUUUUUUGAGUUAUUUUUAUGUGUUGGUAGGUAGAAAUUAUAAUGUGCAACAGAAAAAGGAAAAAGGGUUCAUUAAAAUGUGUGUUUUUUUUUUGUUACUUAAUAAAACAAUGUGUUUUAACUA